CAGAAACGCAACAGUUGAUCCUUCUCUUCUUCUGAAGCCCAAUUUUGAUAUCGAGGAGUAUCUCUAUCAUCCAGAUUGUCCCCUUCCAGUCCUUGGUCCAUCCGAAGACUAUGCUUUGUUUAUAAACGUGGCCCGCUAAACAUAACAAUCGCAUCUUCCCACCCUCCCCCCAAACUCAAACCUUCUGAGUCAAUCGAGACUUCCCGCCCACGACUCAUAAUUGGCAACCACGACUCUCUGGGAAUCCUUACGAUUAGCAAACAGCGCCUCAAGAUCUCAAGAUGUCUCCUUCUAUCAAAUAUGGCCAAAUCAUAGACUUUAUCCCAGACCGAUUGUAUUUAGCAUCUUACACCACUCCACCGUCGGCAGAUACUCUCUUCCCAUACCCAGAUCCACCUUCUCGUCGUUCUCCAAGCAAACGUUCUGCGCGAGCAAUUGAAGGGCCGUCUAUUGUGUCCGAGAGAGACCGCACCCCACCAUGCUACUUCUCCAUCGAUGAUACCCUCCUAUACAACGCAUUCCACCACGAUUUUGGACCAUUGCACAUUGGACACUUGUACCGCUUUGCUGUGCAAUUCCAUGAUAUUUUGGGUGCGCCGGAGAACAAGAACAGACCUGUUGUAUUCUGGAGCAAGGCAGAUGCGCGGAGUCGAGCAAACGCUGCCUGCCUGCUGGCUUCGUACAUGGUCCUUAUCCAAUCCUGGGCACCACAUCUCGCUCUCGCUCCAAUUGCACAAGCUGACCCACCUUUUAUGCCUUUCCGAGAUGCAGGAUACAGCCAAGCAGAUUAUGGGAUUACAGUUCAAGAUGUUGUUUAUGGUGUCUGGCGCGCGAAAGAACAAGGAUUCUGUGCUCUCCCGGGAUUCGAUCUCGAGGAGUACGAGAGAUACGAGCGUGUUGACCAAGGAGAUUUCAACUGGUUAACCCCAGACUUUCUCGCUUUUGCGUCGCCCCAACAUACUCCUGUUGCAUCUAUACCAGCUUCAUCACCACUUUAUGCCACCUUGCCUUCGACUUUGGAAGCAGUUGCUGCUCACCCAACACUCCCCAACCCGUUCAAAAACGUCCUGAAACAUUUCAAAGAACGUAAUAUCGGCCUGGUGGUCCGUUUGAACUCGGAAUUAUACUCUCCAUCAUACUUUACUGCUCUUGGUAUUGAACAUCUCGACAUGAUCUUUGAUGACGGGACGUGCCCACCAUUGCACACUGUUCGAAAAUUCAUUACCUUGGCUCAUGAAAUGAUCACAGUCAAACAACGAGGAAUUGCGGUCCACUGUAAAGCUGGCUUGGGGCGUACUGGCUGCUUGAUCGGAGCAUAUUUGAUCUACCGUUAUGGUUUCACAGCCAACGAGAUUAUUGCUUUCAUGCGCUUCAUGCGUCCUGGAAUGGUUGUUGGUCCACAACAGCACUGGCUGCAUCUCAACCAAGGGACAUUCAGAGAAUGGUGGGUGGAGGAGCAAUUUGAGAUCAAGAUGAAGGAAAAGCUGGCCAACAUGGCACCAAGCACACCAACAAGACUGCCGCCGAAGCCAUACAUGAUGAAUGGUCAAACCGCAACCCCCCCGAACGCAAGUCGACGGUCGCCACUUGGCGAAGUCGAUAACGAGCAACGAAACAGCCUUGGCGUUCAAGAGGAUUGUCUUCCUGCUCCAACUCCAGGUCAGCCUCGAAAGGCAAGCAGAGCUGUCGAUCGUCAUCAUCCAUACAGCCGGAGUGUCUCAAGUGCAUACACUACCACAGAGGAUGAGCACAUGCUCCAGCGAGAAACAGAAAUGAUUUCGAUUCACCGCUCCUCCCUCGAUGAUGCCGAUGGAGACGACGAAAUCCAAUUCCGCAUGCGAAGUAGUCGAAAGUCAUCCCGUUCCCCAACAGGCCGAAGCAUAAGUCAGACCACCACCACAAUAUAUACCUCUAUCGACAACGAUAGCAGCAACGACAUCGAAAAUAUCGGGGCAGGUCCUCGUCCCAAGACACCUGGUGCAAUGAAGUCAGGGAGCGGCUCCAGCACACUCGGCAAAGUCCGGGGCAGCCCGAAACGCUCAGGAGAUAGCUUGCGAGGCAGCAAAGAGAGUGCCGGCAUUCGUAAGACAAGCGGGAGAGUAGGCAGUGUCAGCACCUCUCGCAAGGUCUCCGGGUUAUAAAUGAAGUCUCGACUGGACUAUUAUGAAGGAGGUUUAACCGACCUAUCAAAUCGACCAAGCUAUGCUGUACAAUCGUGCUUGCAUAAAAUCUGGCGUCUGUCUGAAGCAUAUGAGAAACUGACGGAAUGGGGAUGGGGAAUGGCGUUUGUUCAAUUAUCUGCGUUGGUUUUUCUGUUUCCUGUUCGAGUUUUCUGGGUCUGCUUGUCGAGUAUAAUGGGGUUGCGGCUUUGGCUUCGGCUUUUCCGUGUUUUCUAUUCGCCUUGUGCUCUUUGCUGCUGCUUUGGAUGGAGUACUUGCGUUGAUCCGGUUGGCUGGGCUGUUUGGCUUGACGAUGACUAUGAUGACGGUGGUGAGGAUUCUACCUUUUCUGCUUGUUGUGCGGAGGUAACUUUUGUUAUCACGAAUCAUGAGCUGCAUUGCAUACAGGGGAUAGAGGGGAGAACAAGAAUCGAGUAUUUCAGAAAAUCAAAAUAUAAAAAAC